UCUGUCCAUUGUUGUUGUCAUCCAUUUGAGCAAAAGGUGCAGCAUUGUACAUCUGGGUAUUAUUGUGUCUCUCUUUUCUCUAUAAACAUGACAUUAAAUGGGGAAUCACCUUAACUCUGCUCACAUGGAAUCAACAUGUUAUCUGUCUGUUAACUUAGCACCGCCCGUGUUGGAAAUUGGUGUAGUCUGCAUACCUCUUUGCACUUAACAGUCUGCUGCACCAUGUCACCUACAGUGAAAUAUUAUUGGCCUAUUGCACGUAUACAGAGGGGGUGGACAAAAAAACAGAAACAAUAAAUAAUAACAGCAAAUAAAUAUAACCCACGAACUUAACCUCAUCAAAAUUCAACAUUGCCAGAUUAUGAAUUUAUAAAAUAUUAUAACUGUAUAUAUUAUCAAUGUAUAUAUCAUAUACAUUUAGAUUAUCAGAAAACUGCUAAUAAUUAAGGUAACGUACUAGGCCUACAUAUAGCUUUAUAGCUUGGAUUUUUUUCUUCUGCAUUAUUUCCUCUCUACCUCUCUGGUCAUCCUCAUGUUCUUUCUCUAAAGUUAAAUUUCCCCCUUGGGAUUAAAUAAAGUUUGAUGUCAACAUCUUAAUACAUCAGAAUCAAUUUUAUUGGGGAAGUACUAUGUGUACAUAAAUAGACAUGACAGCUGGGAACAAGGAUAACAAAUCUAUACAAAUAAAAGCAAAACAUAGGCAGGAUCAUUAUGAACACAAAUAUUUUAAAGAAUAUGUGUGUAUAUAAAUAUUCUAUAAAUAUAUAUAAAAAGCACAGAGGACCAGUGUUGAAUUUUGUUGAGAUAACAUCAGUAGUGUAAGGUGUUCCAGCUAUUUUGUCCACCCCCAGGCGUUUUAACUCCUCCUCCAACACUCUUGGCCAUUUGGUUUCUAUAAAUGCAGGGCUUCUCAUAUUCAUUUGCUGGCCAUGUUGCAGAAGAAUCUACAUGAUACAGAAAUAGCAGGGCAGAGCACAGGUUUACUAAAUUAGUUUAUUAGAGUGAACUUAUUAUUAGACACUUGGAAGUGAGAGCUUAAAGCUGUUUCCUAGCCUUAUCCUUGUCACAACAAACAGCUGGCAUCUGGUGAGAGAAUGAAUGCUGAUGACUGCAAUGGACGCUCAUAUGCACAAGGUAAUGGAGGAGAGUCAUCAACCGAACAGGAUUUUUAUGGCAGGUUGCAGGGCCCUUCGGCAAGAUCUCCAAACAGUCAGCAGUCGUCACCACACCGAUCCCUUAGUGCAAACUCCAUCAAGGUUGAGCUGUGCAGCGAUGAUGAGUCACCAGGUGCUCCACAGCCAGAGAACAGAGAGGCUGUGAGGGACGAUAGCAGGAGGGAUGACAGAGGGGACCCCAUGGAAGAAGGGAGCGCAGAGUACGCUGGGGCUGGAAGAGACAGAGGGAGCGUUUACAAUGAGAUGGCCAGUCCAAAUGCUGCUUCACCAGGACCUAUCCGGCUGCCCAAUGGGAAGCUCCAGUGUGAAGUGUGUGGGAUGAUCUGCAUUGGACCCAACGUGCUAAUGGUGCACAAGCGUAGCCACACAGGUGAGAGGCCGUUCCAGUGUAAUCAGUGUGGAGCUUCCUUCACCCAGAAGGGGAACUUGUUGCGCCACAUCAAGUUGCAUUCGGGAGAGAAGCCUUUCAAAUGUCCUGUUUGCAACUAUGCUUGUCGCCGGAGAGAUGCCCUGGCUGGACAUUUACGCACACAUGCAGCUUCUUCUCCAACGGUGGGAAAGCCGUUCAAGUGUAGCUACUGUAGUCGCAGCUACAAACAACAAAGCACACUCGACGAGCAUCUAGAGCGCUGCCAUAGUUACCUGAAGAGUCUGGACCACCAGACAACAGUCAACGCACAGACAGCACAGGGUGAAGAGUCAGUAAAUAUGGAGGCAAUUACUAAACCUGUGCUGCAGCCAUCCAGUGAAAAAAUCCAGUUUGUGGAUAGACUGGCUAUCAGCAUCACCACCAAACGCAAGAGGUCAACGCCACAGAAGUUUCUGGGUGAAAAGCACAUGAGCCUCGACCUACCUGAAGCACCUUAUGAAUUGUCCUCUGGCUCUGAGAAGGAUGGAGACCUCAUGAGCUCUCAGCCUGCUGGAGACUCUGCUGGUUUGGCCGGUUCACAUCUCCAACGCAGCAGGGCUAAAGGGGAGAACCAUGAGCCGCCUGCACUGUCUCAGCUCCAUCCUGCCUUCCUGUCGGAGCUACGCACGGUUAUGGGCUCCAUCAAAAGCAACGUGACUCCUCAGGGCCCCCGAGCCCAUGGUGGAGGUGGGCUGGCAGCGGUGUCUCUUGGCCUGGCUGGGCGGGAGGCAGGUGAAGGCCGCGAUGACCAGCGCUCAGCCCAUAGCCACACCACCUCACCCAACGGCUGCCCCGACUCUACAGACACAGAGAGCACAGCAGAAGAGCAGAGCACAAGGGCUACAGCCCCGACAAGUACCUCCAACAACCACCACCUCCACUAUCAAACCCCAGCACUGCCCCGCAGCCAUCCCACUUCCAGCCCCAGCCAGGCCAAAGACUCGGACCCAGAGUGGGAGAGAGCGUGUCCUGUACCCCCCAUGAUCGCAAAGAGGAGCCCUGUCUCGCCCCUUUCUUCCAUGGAGACUGUGCAGGUGUUAGACAGGGACGGCCGGCCUGUGCGCAACUUCCACUGCCGGCACUGUCGCAUCCUCUUCCUGGACCAUGUCAUGUUCACCAUCCACAUGGGUUGCCAUGGCUUUCACCAACCCUUCGAGUGCAACAUCUGUGGCCACCGCAGCCAGGACCGCUACGAGUUCUCGUCUCACAUCAGCCGCGGAGAGCAUCAGGUGGGCUGAGGAGAGGUGACCGCUGCUCUCUAAAGAUGUAGGCUCCUGUUUGUUCUGCACCAGAUCAGUUGCUUUAAAUCCCUAGUGUAAGUAAAAGGAUUUGUGGUUUUAACGUGAGAAUAUUUAUCAAACUAAAGCAGAUGCGAGUGAAGAAUCUUUUCACCGCACCAUUUAAAGUUUAGAGGAGGCAAAUUAUAUUCUAUGAUUGAUUGCACUCCCAUAUCAAAUCAUCUGGCAGAACUACUGGUUCUGCUUCAAAAGUGCCUUCUUUGGGGGUUUCCUCUUAACUACAAAAAAAAAAAAAAAAAAAAAAACUGGAGGGGAUCUGGUGCUCAAAAAUCUUGACUAGCCAUCUUUUGCUAAGUGAUUUUGUUAGCACUUUUGAGAGUUCAUGUGCACAGGCAGUUAAAGGAAAGCAUGGCAUGUACAUUUUAAGAAUUCUAUUCGGUAUGCACUAAGAGCUUUGUUUUUGUGGUUGAGGAGGGUACUUUGUGUCGUGUGUCAGGUAAGCUUAAUAUGCACUGAGAGCUUUGUGCCUCUGGGUUUGGGAUCAGCUUUUGUCACAGACGAAGCACAGAAAUGGAUUGCCUUAACUUCUACAGCGGCUGUACGCUGCUGUAGGAAUACAUUGUUUACAGCAUGUGUGAAGUCACCUCAGAGGGGAGAGAAUAUUUUGCAGCUGCACGGCGAGACUAUCAGGACAAAGCAAAGUCACAAGGGAAAAGAACUUGAAAACGUUCAGGGGCCUUUAGGGCUCGUAUGUAAAAUAGGUUUUUGGAUUUUAAAGUGAGCCUUAGAAUACUGGUGCAGAUCAGACCACGAGCCACGUAGUGUACAGUAAGACCCUGACUAAGAUGGCCUGGGGUGCUAUACCUAUACAGGAUUGCACUUUUAGGUUCCCUGCUUAUAUAUGAACAUCAUUGCUGAAGCACUUGAUGGCUUUACAAGUUGUUUUUUUUUUCUGUGAUUGUUCUACUGCACUGAUAAAUCGCAUAAUACUCACAAUAAUCAUCUAAUUUGCAACACCAGUGUAUUUUUAAAUGGAGCCGGCCUUCUACAGAAUCCCACAGCGUUGCACUGGUUUUGUGGUCUACACUCAAGUUUGCUGCAAUGUGUGACUGAGAAUUAAAUAUCAGUUCGACUAUGACGAUUCUUUUGUGGUUUUGCACUCAGCAGUCGAGGCUGGGAUUUUAAACAAUUUGCAUCAUGUAAGUGGAUUAACAAAUUAAUUAUUUAAAAGAUUAAUUAACAAAUCAGUUUGGAUCUGUUGAGUUAUCACUUGUGAUUAUCUAUUUAGUGUUGUUUGUUUCAGCCUUGGUGUAUUUAAUCAGCUAUAUUCCAAAUCUUAUCCAGCAUAUUCCUCAAGUCCAUGAAAUGUUACCUCCUGCUUCUUUAUAGCACCCAAAUACCUUAUUGCUACAGUAUGGUGAGUUAUCUGAUAAUGUUAAUAUUGGGAACAUGAAUGAGACCAAACUCAGUAUUCUUACUUGUUAUUGUGGGUUUGCUGCUUCAUAGUUUAACUUAAUUUCCUUCGAUCGCAGGCAAAAAUAUACUUGAAACUGUUUGAGAAAAAAAGUAAAUCUAAAAAUGCACUUGGUUUGAUAAGUAGAGAAAUGUGUGUGAAUGGAAUAUAGCAUGUGUGCUUGUCAUUUUCUGCUUUUUCCCUGAAUUGUUACUUUUUUCUUUUUUUUCUUUUUUUUGAAAAUGUGAAGUAAUUUCAAGAAGUGAAAAUGAGGCAUGGGUUUUUGUCUCCUCGUGUGGACUUUUCAAUGUUAUAUGAUAUUUUGUGAAUGAUGUAACAUGACAAAACACUUUACCUCAAAGUUAAAGAUGUACAACUGCCUCAUUAUUUCAACAAGUCAUGUUGCUUUCCGAGAUGUUCUUGCAGUUACAGAUGCGUGCCCCUCGAUAUUCUCAAAACUUUUUACUG